GGCCGCGGCGGCACCACCGGCACCCUACGGCCAGCACGGACUCGAGGACCACGUCAGUGCGUGUGUGCGUGCGCGCGUGUGUGUGACAGUGUGUUAGUGUUUGUGUCGGUGCCACUGGAGUACUCCUCAGCGUCCGAGGGCCCUCUCUGACCGCCCACCGGCUUCGGCGCGCGCUCGGGAUGGGGGCGUUGCGCGGGGCGUUGCGCGCGCCGCCAUCGCCCGCUCCGUCGCCGCUGCUCCUGCCCGGCGUCGUGGCCGCCCUCGUCCUGGUGCUGCUCGCCGCCCUGCCCGGCCCCGCCCGCGGCCAGAUCUUCAGCUCGCUGGCCAACAACGACAUCCUGCGCCCGCCCUGGCUCACGAACCGCGGCGGCCCCGGUCCAGGAGGGGGCACUCCGGCCGAGCAGUCGGGCAUCCGCAGGCAGCCCCUGUUCCCCGCGACCAUGCCCUUCCCCUGCAACUCCACGGCCACGGGCCCGCUGGGCCGGUCCCGGACGACGCCCACCUCGGUGCACCGGCUGCGGCCGGGCGACAUCGCCGUGGUGGGCGCCAUGGGCGACUCGCUGGUGGCCGGCAACGGGGCGCUCGAGGAGUUCGCCCUCGGCACCCUCAUCGAGUACCGCGGGGUGUCCUGGUGCGCCGGAGGCCAGGGUGACUGGCGGCACUACCUCACGCUGCCCAACAUCCUGAAGCAGUUCAACCCCAACCUCAAGGGCUACUCCACCGGCAAGGGGGAGUUCCUGGCCAGCAACGCGCACAUGAACGUGGCGUUCCCCGUCAGCGCUGCGUCCGACGCCUACAAGCAGGCCGUCUUCCUCGUCAAGAAGAUGAAGAAGGACCCCACGAUCGACUUCCACAACGACUGGAAGAUGGUGACGUUGCUGUUCGGCGCCAACGACAUCUGCUCCGCGCAGUGCUACGAUCGCGAUGGCACGUCCGCCAACCAGCACGCGCGCAAGCUGCGCCUGGCCCUGGACUACCUGCACCAGAACCUGCCCAGGACCUUCGUCAACCUCGUGCCCGUCAUAGACCCGUCCGUGUCGGUGAGAGUGAAGCGCUCCUUCAUGUGCCGCGUGCUGCACCGCUUCUUCUGCCAGUGCUUCCACCUAGACGGCAACGCGGACGCCAUGGACAUCAUCACCAGCUCCGUGCGCGACUUCCAGCGCGCCGAGAAGCAGCUUGUGGACAGCGGCCGCUACGACACCCGGGAGGACUUCACCGUCGUCAUCCAGCCCUUCAUCAAGCUGUUCAACGCGCCCACGGACCGCGCGCAGUGGGGCACCGAGGUCAUCGACAUCUCCUACGUCACCUACGACUGCUUCCACUUCAGCCAGAAAGGGCACGCCAUGGCGGCCAAUCUGCUUUGGAACAACCUGCUGCAGCCCAUCGGCUUCAAGUCCACCACGCUGCUGCCGAGCCUGCUCAAGGACUUUAAGUGCCCGUCGGCCGAGGCGCCGUUCCUGUUCACGGCCAACAACACCAGGACCUUCCUGACGAGCGGCACGCAGUUCCUGCCCCACGAGAGGGCCGCCCUGGCGGCAGCCUCCAAGUCGUUAUGACCUCGAUGACGUCGCCGUCGCCCCAGUGGCCGCCGGCCGGCAACUCCGGGCGAGGCCGCGAGGCGGGGAGCGGCUGGAGGUCUUCUCCAACUAUCUGGAUCAACAAAAGCCCACCUCCUCGUCGUGGAGUCACUGCCCCCUGCCACUGCCUCCGCCUUUCCUACCAAGAUGGGGUGACGGCCGGGUGGGGUAUGCUGUAUACCUGCCUUGCCUCUAUUUUAUUACGCUUCACAGAAGAACUGAAUUAACUUAAAUGUGUGUGUGUGAGUGUGUAUGUGAGUGUGCUUAAAUUUAAGUCCAGUCAGGAGUGUUAGGACCACCCUCGCCAUACUGUUCUUUCAUGGGUUGAGCCAACAAAGGAAGAAUCCAUUCAUAAUGGGUGUUCAAAUAAAAACUUAAGAACAUGUGCAGUUGUAAUUAUGAAAUCUGGAGAACUGGACUGCAUAUUUUGUUCUGACACCAUAGUAAGAUGAAAGGAAGAGUUUCAAUAAACAAUACCAAAUCAGUAGCAAGAUGUAAGGAAUUUAUUGUUGUUUUUUGUUAUAAAUAAAUAUAUUGCAACAGAUUUA